GUUUGUCAAUGUCUUUAAUUUGUUUGUGGUGAUAGAAGCAGUUGAGGGCACACUUUACAAACGAUUUUCACGGAUUUAUAACGUUAUAAACGGUUUAUUCAGGGUUUUUUCGUAAUUCACUUGCAAUACUAGAAGUAAACAUGGUGGAACAACAAAAGCAACGCAUUGAGUUGGAAUUAUCGCAGCGCGUAGACGAACUCGAUCGAACGAUCUUGCGUAAGAUGCAGGCUGAAAUGCACGAAUGCGCAGCUCGAUGCUGUAGAGAUACCGCUGCCAGCAUGGAUUCUGUUCAAAGAUGCGUAGAAAAUUGUUCUACUCCCGUGCAACGCGCACAGCAACAUGUCGAGAAAGAACUAGGAAGUUUUAACAAUAGACUUCAACGAUGUGUAAUGGAUUGCAAUGAUAGUGUUAAAGAUAAAAUGGGUCCGACACCAACAGAUGACGACAUCUCAAAGUUCACAGCUAUGUUCGAACGAUGCGCGAUCAAAUGCGUAGAUAAACAUGUGGACAUUUUACCUGGACUGUUUAAAUCGAUGCAUCAAGUGCUUGGGAGUAAAAGGUUUUGAACUAAUGUUAAACUAAAGAAUAUGAUUGCAUCCGAAGGCUAAUCAUAGAGCCAAACAGCCACUGGAAAACACGAAGAUCAGAUGAUCAACGGGAUCAACGUUACCCUCGAUAACCACUGGUGAGCAUGUGAAAUUUUGUUUGCGGGGUAUCAUAGCAAGGCGGCAUUUUUCAUUUCUUUCCAAUACAUUACACGCUAAUGACAGAAAAUAAGUAACAAAUUGUAUUUAUAUUGUUUACUUUAACUUAUAUCAAACUAAAACAGUUUACCCUUACAUGGAACCCGAAUGCUAAGUUUGUUUAUUGAGCAUUCAAACUGAUUUGCCUUAAUGUAUUAUAGAAAUGAUAAACAUGCCUCCACGGUUGCUUUUAGACGUAAAUUUAAAGUUGAAUUUUAGUUACGCAACAUUCGUAAUAAACUUAGAUGUUGAGAUUGUAUUUCA